AGCUGCAUCGAUUGAAUCGUCAGCUGAGCUGCCUCGAUUUCGUUCGGUAGCCAUAGUAACAAAUAUACGUAUAUAUUUACAUAGCUACAACAUCCGGGAGUGUUUGCGUCCAUAGUUACCAAAAUCUUUAGCGGAAAAACUGUCGAAAAUUUCUGUUGACAAGUGUUUUUUAUUUAGCUAAGGGCUAUUUAAUAAAUGCAAAUACUCCGUUGACGCUUUUUUUUCUUGAAAUACAGCUUAAGAGAAUCAGACUAUGGAAAUUAUCAGAGGUAGUUUAGAUGACAUUUCCCGACCUGCAUCGAGUGAGCAAACAGGUAGCCGUGUGUCCAGCGUGUCAUUGCCUCAUAGUGACAGAAUCUGUCCUACAACUCCCUUUGCCCUUGUUGUUUUGACCAACGAUGCUGCUGAUAUUCAGAUCCAGAGCCACUCUGAAGAAACUCUAAUCACAUCUUCAGCCAGUGGACCUGACCAAGGUCAGAGUCACGUUGAUGUUACGGAUGAGGGGAAGGAAGAUUCAGAACUACAGACAGCCAUUGAGGAAAUGAGACGACUUGAUGAAAUACUGUCUGUAAAGAUCUGCAAAGCAAAAGAACUCAAGCGUCAAAGGAAAGAACUUCAAACAAAACUCUGGCAAGAACUACUGCAGAAUAAGCCUGAAGGUCACUCUGAAUGUGCUCAUGAAGCUUUGAACACUAGGCUGUUUUUAGCUCUGGAAGGACCCAGUGGGACAGAGGAAGAGGAGGACGAUUUUGUGCCUAUGUUUGAAACUCAGGUUCUUGACCGUGACUAUGACAGACCAAGCCAACAUUUGGAGCAAAGUGAGAGGAGGCCAGGCAGCUCAACAGAAUCAUUUGAGACUGGGGACGAGCAAUUUGAAGGCAGCCACUGUGGAGCUUCCAAAGGCAAGAAAAUACAGAAGAACUUUGUCAAGAGAAACAUUAAGCUAGUAAAUGGUGAUGGGGGCCAAGUGCUUUUGACCCAGGCAGAGAAAGAGCGCCUGGCCAAGCUCCUCCGAGAAAUAGACGAAGAGGAAGAGGACAGUGCCAGAGGAGCAGACAGCGAGGAGGACUUGUGGGCUGUGUCAGUCUUGACAGGCCAAGGUUACACCCCGGAGCCCUCUGACCUGGAGCAGCUGAUUGACAUUGACUCCAAAAUGCGCCUUCUCCUUCCUGUCGAAGAAUUUCUCCCCGUCCAAAGCUCCUACGCAAACCUUAGUGUGCUCCAGGGCCAUGGCUCAGAGGUUAGCUGGAAGUGCGAUGGGGACCCGCAGCCAGGAGAGAAGGUCCUGCAGGAUAUAAAGGAGAGGAGAGGGCAGGAGAGGCGGCUCCAAGAGAUCCAACAGCAGCUGGAGAUACUGGGCCAGAGCCAGGAGAUGACUAAUGAGUCUCCAGACCUUACGGAGGAGCAGUUACUUAGCCUGCUGGAUGAAUGUGAGCUGACUGAGAGCUGGAGCCAGGACAUUGAGACCACUGACACAACACCAUGAGACCCUAAAAAAGAAACACUGAUCCCAUCCAUCUGAAGCCCUGCUAUUAGAACAUCUAUCAAAAUAACGCAUCUUGGCUAGGAUGUCAUUAUCAGGCAACUAAGGUUUUAAGAGGCGCAUUACUGGAUGUUAAUAUAAUUAUGCUUUUAGAUUUAUGUAGAUAUAACUAACUUGUCAUUUAUACAGUAACAUAAAAUGAUUAUGAAUAUAUUCCACAAUGUGUCAGUAUUGGAAAAAUUGUAGUUCUAACUUUAGGUUAAUUCUUAUUUAAUUUUUUUACAUCUUUAAGUGGUCUUCAUGUUUUCAAUAUGUAACUGGACUGCUUCCCCAUGUUUUUAUUUGUGUUUAUGUCUCAGCAUGAGGAAAAAGAGCAGCAGGGCCACCCUUUGUAUUAACCUAAGUACCAUAGAUGAGAACAGAAAAUUGCUGUCAUUAAAUCUAACAACCGGGUAUGGU